AUGUCAGAAGACGUCGCCGUCACUGCUCAGACACUUCUCAACGGGUCAGUUCCUCUUUUUCAAUGUUCCCAGUAGUGGGCGGAGCUUGAGCACAUCUUGCUCGAUGCGUUGCUCCGAAAUAGAACAGAAAUAUGAUUGAAGAUCGUUACAGAACUCCGCCCAACAAUCAUUUCCGGAAAGAUUGGCUCGCCGCAGCAGCAGCAGGAACGACGCCCACCACGAACUCUGGCGGACAAAUGAUGACGCUCUCCCCUCCCGCAGGCGAUGGUCCCGGCUCGGCCGGCUCCACGGCUCCCGAAUCCACGUCUUCCGUUUCCGACAUCUCCGGCGAUGCUGAAGGUGUUUGGAGUAUAGACAUCGAUCAAGUGAGUCCUCCAGGCCCGUCUUCUCCAACGUCUCCACCAAUUUCCAGGCUUUCCAAGAAGCGCUGGCUAUUUAUCCGCCGUGCGGACGACGGAAAAUUAUCAUCAGCGACGAGGGAAAGAUGUAUGGUGAGUACUCUUUGCAUUCAAAGAAGUGGCGUGUGUCCUGUGUCCAUAAUUAGUGGAGCCAAGUGGAUGCGCAUUACUGUACAUCUGCCCGCUUCGCUUCUUGUCCAACAUCUGCCCCGUUCGGAGGGAGGACAAACUCAAACUUCUUCUAUAUUUAUUAUUAUUAUGUAUGUUCUGAUGAUGUAAACGGAUUGACGAACCGAACCGACAAAGGCGGCUUCUGCCGGAUUAGGCUCCCGGGGGUUCUGUGCUUCUCCUGCCACUUCUUCUCCAUACAUUUGUUUAUUUUCGCUGCGGGACACACGGGCGGCGCUCUCUUUCUCUCGCUGACUUUUUGACCCUCUCGCGCGAGCAAUCAAAACUAACCGAAAUUUGGAUGUGAGAUGGAGCAGGGAUUGGAUUGGCAGGAGCAACAUGAUCCUUAGAUGGGCACUAGAGAAUAUUGAGCUGUGUUGGUAAAACGACAAUAUAAGGGGGAGAAGCCACGUCACAAACCACAAUACUUUGUUUGGUUUGACUGUUUAAAACUGUUUGAGUUGGUUGUCUUUGAGUAAAAUUUUUCUCGUCUUUUCAACACUGUGAGCAUAGUCGGCAAAGAACUCUGGCCUGGUCAAACUGACCUGCUUCUUUCUUCUUCUACUCCUGGCUCAAACUCCUCUCUCAUGCAAUAUUGGGCCCUUUCCACCUGCCAAAACGUCACCAGAUUUCUGAAUUCAACAGAAAACGUCAGUCCCAGAAUCACAAAUGCGCCAUUCGUGCGUCAAUUCCCAUUCACUUUUCCUCCCUCGCUUUCGCAUUUUCAGCUGCUCGCCGAGAACCUUUUAAACCGGCUGCUUGAUUGAAACUCAUGCAUUUUCAUUGUUUUUAUUUUCAGGACGAAACGAACUGAUCGCUAGGUAUAUCAAAUUGAGAUGUGGCAAGACGCGAACUCGGAAACAAGUGUCAUCGCAUAUUCAGGUGCUUGCUAGGAAGAAAGCCAGAGACGAGCAGGCUAAGAAAAAGGUAAGGAUUACUGUAGGACUGUUACCGUUACCAUUCCUUCGUUUCGUUUCCAGGGCGAUACUCCGAGCAUCUCUCAGCAGUCUUCGCCCCCCGGAGUCCCCACACUCUCUCCCUCCUCCGUGCUUCCGUCAGUUCCAGUCACAGCCACUGCCGUCGCCGCCGCAGCUGCCAUUGCUCCGCGGAGCAACUACCCGACGAUCGUUCCGAAGGUGGAACCCGAUCAGAUUUCCCAGCAACUUCUUCUCCAAUGUGAGCGAGCAACCCCUGCCUCAUUCCUACUAUUCUUCCCGUUUUCAGCCCUUCCCCUCUGGACGGCGUUCCCUCAAACCGCCGGCAUUCCGUUCGGAAUGGAUCUUUCCCAUCUCGUCGUUCAAGCAAAGAAGCCGGAGUCGAUAAUUGCCGAGUGCAACAAGCCGAUCUCCUCCUCUAAACUGUCGCUACUCGGCUUCUCCGCCUACGUGCACUGCAACAAAACGAAUCAGAGGACAGAGUUGGUGAAGAUUGACAACACGUUAGAAAAGGAUGACAUUGACAUUUCUCUCUUCUACGAGAAGUACCCGCCGUCGCUUCGGAAGCUCUUUGAGAGCUCCGAGAAGAAGGACGUCUUCUUUUUGGCCAAAUGCUGGGCGAAUAUCAAUGUUUCGGAUGAUGUGCAGUAUGUUUAUCCGAAUGAGAUCGUUGAAACUCACGCAUGAUCAUUUAGAAACUGUCAAUAUGCGGUCGAUUCGUUCUACUCGAGCCGCGAAAAGUUCCAGCUAAAGGUCUCCACAAUGGCAUGUUCGUUUGGAAGCCAGGCGGUUGAGAAGAUCGAGGUAACAUUCAACCAAGCACAUCCUCUCGAUUCUUCAUCUCAUUCCUUUUCAGCAAUACUUCCCGAAUGAGGUGGACGGAUCGUACUCGUUCAUGUUGGCAAACUCGCCGAUGUGCGACUACAUGGUCAAGUUUAUAGCCGAAUUGAAGAAGUUGAACACAAUUGAGACGAUGAACAAUGUGCUGGAGAACUUCACAGUUUUACAGGUAACUUUAUUACUUCAUCUUCUAUUCAUGAAUGCUGUGCUCUGUUCAGAUUGUGACCAAUAGUGAAACAGAGGAGCUGCUCAUGGUGCUCUGUUUCGUUUUCGAAGUGUCGCAGGAGCCGGAGCCCUCUUGCUCCGUCUACAGGCUCAUUGACGGAGGCGCCGAUUCGGACGACUAG